AUAACGUCUCCACCUGGCAGUUGGUUCCUUUGAACAUCAGUUGUAACUUGGAGUGGCACACAAACAGUUCACAUACAAAAUUCUUCCAAAAAUUUGUAAUCUCAUAUUUCUUGCUUUUUUUUUAAAUUAGUUGUGGGAAAAGUUCGGUUUUUUAUAAAUAGAAACUUCAGAGGGAUUUGUGGAAUUUUUCUAUAGUUUUGAAAGCCUUUUACAAACCGACUUGUAAUACAAUGAGUACAGACAAUGUAAAUGAAAGCCAGAGCAUGUGCAAUGGAUCGUGGGCAAGGAGUGGAUUCCUAAACUACUUGCGCGAAUUCCUUCACCAAAACGGCGAUAUGGGUUGGAUUGAGUUCGCCGAGCAGGGCGCCAAGUCCUGGAAGGAAAUGAGCGAAGAGGAAAAAAACCAUUACCGCCACAUGCCCGAUCCCAAAAUAGGCGUCAUUUCCAUGUGCUUAGAAGAUGAAAAGCCCAAGGGUCUCAAUGAAAUGUGCAACCAGGCGAUGGGGCGUUGUCCGCGCAAAUCGUCCUGUGCCAAGCCAAAGAAGUCCUGUGCCAAGCCUCGCCGAAAGGCCGCUUGUGCCAAGCCACGGGUAACGUGUGCGAAGCCGAAGCGAUCGGCUUGUAAACCCAAGAAGGAAAAGAGUUGCCCCAGGGUCAAGUGCAGCAAGCAGGGUCCCGUCACCAAUAAUGGCUAUUUGAAUUUUGUGCGAUCCUUCCGCAAAAAGCACUGUGACCUCAAGCCCCAGGAAUUGAUUACGGAGGCCGCGAAAGCCUGGGCCAAGCUACCCGAGGAAAAAAAGGAUCGCUAUCGGCGCAUGGCAUGCAAGGUCACCACUAGUGAUCGCCACAAGCGCCGUCGUAUCUGCAACCCCUGUUCCUGAAUCUUCAGAUCCAUUCCAGACCGCGCAUCCUGUAUUUAAUCCAUCCAGACAGGCAUCCAUCCAUUCUUCUUGUCUGCAAAUUGUGGGUUUCGUUUUCCAAAUUCAGCGUUCGUUAGCUAGAUUCGUAGGAGCAUAAACAGUUCAAAAUGUAUUUUGGCAAUAUAAACAAAUUAAAAAUCGUGUACUUAUUCGGAGGAAACCCUUUGGGUUUUCGAUUCAUACACGUGUAGCUAUUUGCGGCUGUUCCAGCUGCCCGGCGAAA